GACAAUUGUAGGCGGGGAUUGUAGUUCAAACAACAGUCGUUACUCACAGCGAGUUAGUCGAUUUUGUGCUCCGGCGUCAGAAAUUACUCGAGAAUUUUAAACAUGGCUGGUGGUAAAGCUGGUAAGGAUUCCGGGAAGACCAAAACCAAGGCAAUUUCUCGCUCGCAGAGAGCAGGACUGCAGUUCCCGGUGGGUCGUAUCCACAGACAUCUCAAGUCCAGAACCACCAGCCACGGCAGAGUGGGAGCCACUGCAGCGGUCUACAGUGCGGCUAUUCUUGAAUACCUGACUGCCGAGGUUCUGGAGUUGGCAGGAAACGCAUCUAAGGAUCUUAAGGUGAAACGUAUUACCCCGCGCCACUUGCAGCUGGCCAUUAGAGGAGAUGAAGAGCUGGAUUCACUUAUUAAGGCCACUAUUGCUGGUGGAGGUGUGAUCCCUCACAUCCACAAGUCCCUGAUUGGAAAGAAGGGCCAGCAGAAGACCGUAUAACCUGAAGUGCUUUGGAAGUUGUGCCAUCUCAGGACGAAGUCGGCAUCAAGUGGUUAAAUGUCAUAGUUUAGAACACCUUUAGGAGUUAUUUUUAUGGUUGAGCUUGCAUUUACUCACCUGGGGUAUUUUUUAAAAGUGGCUUCAGAGAAGCUCAUUUUUUGUGUUUUGCCUUUCUUUGUUUUUCUGGUGCUGCAGUUUGCAGUUGCAGUUUGUGUUGAAACUUGCUUAUGUGGCAUUUCCAUGUUUAAUGUGGUGUUUUAAUAAAGCUCUUACUGGGCAUUUGAGUUUUGUUCUUUCAGUUCUUGCUUGUUCAUGAGCUUUUUUUUUUCUUUUUUUUUCCUUUUUGAUGUUGUCUAGACUAUAGGUAUUAGCUGGCUGCUCCAGUGUGGAUGGUGUACAUGUGUUAGAUGUUAGUGGUUUGACUCUUCCAAGUUUGAAAGACGCCCUCCCCUCCCCUUGUCAGUACAAUUCAAAGGACAGCCAUAGCUUGCACGCGGAGAGGGUCAUGGCGGGCUUUGAGUACGUCUUAAAUUCACACCAUCAGUUUCAGUCUUGUAUAGCUGCAUGAAUUGCAAAGCAUGUUUAGCACAUCAGAUUACCACUGUACUGACAUGAAGUGGGAGAAACCCUGUAGUCAUUUUUGGAUUCCUGAAUAAAGACUGGACUGGCACAGUCAGAACAUUUUUGCA